AGUUUGGUUGGUUCGAUACAAACGAAGCGAUAUCGUGUUUGUGUUAAACCUCCGAUUUCUUCACUUUAUAUUUGUGUCAUAAACCUGACAUUGGCCGAACAAAACGGCGAUUUCUCCAAGCCUUCAAUUUCAUCUUCUUCUCCUGAACCUCACACCCUCUUCUCCUUCUUUCUGUUCUUCACAUCACACCUCAUCCCAUUCUCUUUCUCUCUGCAACAAUGUCUCAGGUAGUGGCCACUCGAUCCAUUCACACCUCCCUCCCGCGCCCCACCGCAGGAUAUGCACACGACAGGGCUCAAACGUUGUUAAAGCCUCCAACUUUUGCUUCCAAACUGUUCCCCUCACAAAUGAACAACCCCUCCAAAGUUUGCUCCAGAAGUUGCCUCAUCUAUGCAAGGAAAUCUGCACCCACUGAAGUUGUCCCUGUGUCACCCGAGGAUGAUUCAAAGAUUGAGGAGGAGUUGCAGCACUUGCGCGGCAUGCAGCAACUUGGUGACACUUCUGUUGGAAUGUGGUCUAAGCCCACGUUUAGGAGAAAGACAAAGAUUGUUUGUACCAUUGGUCCUUCUACCAACACCAGGGAAAUGAUUUGGAAGCUGGCUGAGGCUGGAAUGAAUGUUGCUCGUUUGAACAUGUCUCACGGAGAUCAUGCUUCUCACCAGAAAGUGAUUGAUUUGGUUAAAGAAUAUAAUGCUCAAUCCAAGGACAAUGUAAUUGCAAUUAUGCUUGACACCAAGGGUCCUGAGGUUAGGAGCGGGGAUUUGCCGCAACCAAUCAAUUUAACAAGUGGGCAGGAGUUCACUUUUACCAUCCGGAGAGGUGUUGGAACUGCAGAUUGUGUUAGCGUUAACUAUGAUGAUUUUGUCAAUGAUGUGGAAGUGGGGGACAUGCUUCUUGUUGAUGGUGGUAUGAUGUCUUUGAUGGUUAAGUCUAAGACACAGGAUUCUGUGAAAUGUGAAGUUGUUGAUGGAGGAGAGCUUAAGUCAAGGAGACAUCUGAAUGUUAGAGGGAAAAGUGCAACACUGCCUUCCAUUACUGAGAAGGAUUGGGAUGACAUCAAAUUUGGAGUGGAUAACAAAGUUGACUUCUAUGCUGUUUCCUUUGUUAAAGAUGCACAAGUAGUUCAUGAACUGAAGAAUUAUUUGAAAAGCUGUGAUGCUGAUAUACAUGUCAUUGUAAAAAUUGAAAGUGCAGACUCUAUACCGAACUUGCAUUCAAUUAUUACAGCGUCUGAUGGGGCUAUGGUUGCAAGAGGAGAUCUUGGUGCUGAGCUCCCUAUUGAAGAGGUUCCACUUUUGCAGGAAGAGAUAAUCAGGAUAUGUCGUAGCAUGGGAAAGGCUGUUAUUGUGGCAACAAAUAUGUUGGAAAGCAUGAUUGUUCACCCAACACCAACCAGAGCAGAGGUAUCGGAUAUUGCAAUUGCUGUUCGAGAAGGUUCUGAUGCAAUAAUGCUUUCUGGAGAAACUGCUCAUGGAAAGUUCCCACUAAAAGCCGUUAAAGUAAUGCACACUGUAGCAUUACGGACAGAAGCCACUAUACCAGGUGGCCAAAUGCCACCUAAUGUUGGUCAAGUAUUCAAGAACCACAUGAGUGAGAUGUUUGCUUACCAUGCAACGAUGAUGUCUAAUACUCUUGGAACCUCAACAGUUGUCUUCACUAGAUCGGGCUUCAUGGCUGUCCUUUUGAGCCACUACCGACCUUCUGGCACCAUCUUUGCUUUUACAGAUCAGAAGAGGAUACAACAGAGGCUGGCUUUGUAUCAAGGAGUCUGCCCUAUUUACAUGGAAUUCUCUGAAGAUGCUGAAGAGACGUUCACAAGAGCCUUGAAUUUACUGCAGAAGCAAGGAAUGGUAAAAGCAGGAGAAGAAGUAGCACUUGUACAAAGUGGCAGGCAACCCAUAUGGAGGUUCCAAUCUACUCACAAUAUCCAGGUCCGAACAGUGUAAUAAUAAAAGAAAGGUGGAAAGUGCCACAAAUUAAAUUUCAGGCUUUCAGGACACACUUACAUUUUAAUUCUAGAAAGGUCGUAUUGCAUUUUGGUUGCAUUUUGGUUGGUUGUUUUCGUUUGCUACCUAGGUUCCAUUUUUUCUUUAUUUAUUGCUUCUUGUUAUCACUUUUUUUCUGAACUUCUAUUGUUCUGUAUUUAGCGCAGACAAUUUUUGGUACUGGUCAUUGCAAUUUUGAUAAGAAAUUCGAAUAAGAAAAGCUUUCAGCCAUAUCCUGGACUUGAUCAAUGAUCAUUGAGUUGUUAUUAUUUAAUAGCCAAAUUUCUAGGCCUUGUGAUAUUUGAGCAUCAUUAAUAGAAUGUCAAUUUUCUUUUUGUG